GUAUCAGAGAGCCCUUUACGUUGCUCCAUUUGCUCUCGUGGUCCUGGUGAGAUACCUUGGCUUCGAUGGGUGUACAACAAACAAAGCAAGUUGAGACGCCCGGUGGGCGGGCGCUGCAUGGACUGCAACAAGAUGGUCCAAUCGGCGCUGGAGCGGAAGGUCUUCGGCCCUGACGUGUGCACGGCCAACACUGUGUGGAAACACAAAGGCCUGCGAAGCAGAGCGGCCAGCUACCGAGACGAGUGGUGCCGGAUGUCGCCGGCGGAGCGCUUGCGUGCGCACAUGGGCGCAGUGGGACAGCAGGCUGUGCAGCUUGUUGAGACUGACGAGGCCGUCCUCACGACGACGCCGUAUGACCUGCUGCCGCUCGAAGAGCCGUUGCAAGACAAG